AUGUGCUCCAACGGAGCGGUAUCAGCGGCCCAGCUUGGCCGCGGAAACAGGUUUACUGGCUCAAGUGAUCAGGACUACGAAUUUAUUUUGCCGCGGCUACCAACAGGUCGAAUUGUGUUAAAUACUCUGUUUUUGCACGCCGACGUCAGAGCAAGGCCCCACAAGGUCGAGGAUUUUCGCGACGCACUGGUCGGUUUGGCACUGCUCCCCGAGGUUAUCGCCUUGGGGGCGUACCAAAUGAACCACAUUUGGGCUAUCACGUUCAAGAGUGCCGAAGGAAUGAAGAAGCUGCUCUCCACCCGUGAAAUGAAAUUGAAAGAACGUCGGUGCGUUGUUAUUGAUCCCGGUGACCAGGACGUGAGGAUGAAGAUCCACUGGAUUCUGUACAAUGUGCAGGAUGAAGACGUGCGAACAGCGCUUGCACCGUACGGCACCGUGACGGAAGUCGCCAAGGAACGUUGGCGCGUUCAGGGAGUCAUGGACAAAGGUUCGUCAACGCGUUCUGUCUCCUUGAAGUUGAAGCCGGGUGUUACAGUUGAGGACCUGCCGCACCAGCUACGCAUUGCUGGAGAACAGGCCCUCGUUGUUGUUCCUGGAAGAGCCCCACUUUGCCUUAGGUGCCAUACCUCAGGACACGUUCGACGGGAAUGUAAAGUACCCCGUUGCAGUCAGUGUCGCCGCUUCGGCCACGAUGAGUCGCAGUGCGUCAAAACGUACGCAAAUGUCACAGGGCCCAUGAGAAGAGAGGACCAUUCCGAACUUGUCAUGGAUGCGGAUGAAGCCGAGGAGGCAGCGAGAACAGCAGAAAAGAACGUGCCGUCGCCAGCUUCUACGCCUAACGUUAUUAGUGGAGGCGGGGCAACGACACAGACCGAGGACAAGACCGCUGUGCCUCUUCAGGCUGUUGAAGACCUGAAUGUUGAUGCUGCGGAAGGAAAAGGAAGCCAAAGUGCUUCUACUGAAGGUGUAAAACCAAUAGAGGACGAAGAUGGCAUGGGACAGUCGUCCAACCAAGCAUUAGCAGUGCGGCAGCAAAGAGGACUCACGACAAGGCCUGCGUCGAAGAGGCUCAAGGUCCUCCUACAAGCAUCGAUGAACCACCUUCCAAAUCGGCAGGACAGCGCCGGCCGACGUUUCGUCCUAAACCCAACAUCCCGCCGGACAAAAGGCCGGUGA